AUGGAAACACUCCUGCAACAGCUGGUAGGUUAUACUUUGGUUACUUUUAGUUUUACUACAUUUUUAUAGUAAUUCAUUAACGUAACACUGAACAAUUUUUAAUCACAUACUUCAGGAAAGUUGAAGACAGUUAAAGCAAAGUAUGUUUGGGCAAUAAUCUUCAGAAACAUGUUAUUUUUCUGUCUUCACCAAAGCUUUAUCAACAACAAAUCAUAGCAAGAGAAAUAGGUUUAAUAAUGAAAAAAGAAAAAAAAAGACACACUAAUGUUUGAGGUAAACUGGUUGCUUUUUGGUUUGUCAGAGCUCAGUGACUCAGCGAAAUCACAAGUUGACUCAUUGGGGUUAGUCAGGGUGUGAUGUUUUUCUUAAACUUAGUUAUUCAAUACAAAAAACAGUAUCUGAUUGAAUAUAUAAACUUUUAGUGUUAUUUUAAGACCCUAGAUAUGAUGAAGUAUUAUUCCUUUCCCUCAAAAACUGCACUUUUCUCUUCAGUCAGUGUGAAAAAAAGACACAUUGACUAGACAUGGAUAGGUUUUAGCCAGGCGAAAAUGGUGAAUAUUAUUCAUUCGUUCACCCUGAACUCAGCCUUUCAUUGCUUUGUUAUUACAGCGAGGUCAUAAACUCGUGAUUAGAGGAAAACUCCUCAUGUACAAGAGGACCUGUGAUCAAAACAUCACCGUUUAUCAAAGACUGUGUGGUGACUGUCUCUUUUUUUAUCAUUGAUGCUCCCUGGUUUGCAGCACUUCGGUUUUAGCAGAUCUUUUUUUUUCAUCUUCACUUUCACUGUGAGUCUACUGAGUUCUCUCUCUGCCUUGUAGACCCAGGGUAACGCUCUGCUCCUCAUCAUUAUUCUGGGGUUUAGCGGUAGCUUUCAAAUUGGCUACCAAAACACUGGACUGAGUUCUCCCUCACCGGUGAGUCGCGUUGAUCACACCAUUUCUUUUGUCAUUGUUUGCUUCUCUUCAAAUUCCUGCUCCACCAGUUUCUUGCAGAUGUUUGGAUGUUGUCUGUUCGAGCAGGAAAAGUCAAAUGAAGCCCCAUUUUGAAAUUUCUUCUUAAUUCCUCAAAGCUAAAACUCUUCUCCUGCAGUUCAUUCAGGGCUUCAUCAACAGCACCUGGUAUGACAGAUAUGGAGAGCCUCCAUCACCACAGACGGUCACCAUGAUCUGGUCCCUCAUUGUUUCUCUGUAUGCAGUUGGAGGACUCUGUGGUGCUAUAAGUGUCAAAUUUAUCACAGGAACAAUAGGAAGGUGAGAUAAGACAGACUGAGCGCAUUUUUGUCUGAAAGCCUGAGAAGAUUUGAAUGUCAUGUGACCCUUCAUCAGAAAAAAGGCAAUGAUCUGCAGCAGCUGGAUCGGGAUUGUUGCGGCUGUGAUCGUACUGAUGAGUAAAUAUGCCAAAUCAUAUGAAAUGAUUAUCGUGGCGAGGAUCUUAUAUGGCUUCGCUGCAGGUAAGACACCUUUUUAUUUGACAAGCAAACCAUGAACAUUAACCCUCUCGGUGUUGGAGUAACAUGUCCUCUUGGCCUGCAGGUUUGGUAGGCAGCACCCACUCAAUGUAUCUGGGAGAGAUUUCACCCAGGAGGCUCAGAGGCAUAGUGGCUGUGACAUACCCCACCUUCCUGUCACUUGGAAAAUUGGCAGGGCAGUUUUUUGGUCUCAGGUAGGACCCUCUAAUGUCAAUAUUUCUGCAAAGGAGAAGAAUUUGAUAAGCUCAAGGAUCGCAGCCCCGUGGACAAGAUUUUGUUUUAAGUCUUGUUAGUUUUGCAAAAAAGAACAAGAAAUUAAGAUAGAAGGUAAAAUGUUGCACAUUUAGAAACGUCUUACCUCAUCUGUAUGGUGUUCAUUUUCAGUGAGAUCCUCGGUCGUGAGGAGCUGUGGAACGUCCUUCUCUGUGUCCCCUCAUUUUUCUCAUUGAUUCAGAUUAUAGUCUUGCCUUUCCUUCCUGAAGCCCCCAGAUACUUAUUCAUAGAGAAAGGUGAAGAUGAGGCAUGCAAAAAAGGUUGGUAUAUUUUCUUUUUUUUUUUUUCUGCAGGACCUGACGAAAGAGCCUAUUACAGUCAGAGAAUAGAACUCAAGGAAGACCAUUUAGUCAUAUUACAAAGAGGGUUAUAUGAAGUUUUAUGUCUAUAAUAACUGUGUAAAGCAAUUCAUAUCAGUACCUGGAUUUAAAAAUCAAUUUAAUGCACUGUAAUUGGAAAGUGUCUUGGGAUAACGACUCUUGUGAUUUGGCGCUAUAUCAAUAAAAUUUGAUCAAUUGAUUGAUAAUAUAUCACACAAGAGCAAGUUGUGCUACACAGUACAUCGGCACAACUGGGAUGAAAUCUUGUUUUUUUUCAUGCUAACCACAGCUGUGUUGAUAUCGAGUAUAACACCUCCCCCUCCUGUAGGAUAUUGCUUUUAUACCACAGCUCCAUAAGCACUACACAGUUGCAUAAGUGUAUUAUCGAAGUUGUUAUUUUUGGGUUAACCUGAUGAUUCUUUUGGCUACACUGACACUCACUGCUUUUGAUGCUUGUGGUUCUUAAAGGGAUAUUGCAGCAUGAAAUUAAUUUGGGGUCAAACACACUGUAACACUGAGUUAGACACCCUGUAAAGAGAUGAAUGUUGCCGACCGCUUGCUUCUCUAGUUAUACCAACUUUAGUAACUACUGCAGGAUAGCAAUACACAGCAGUGUGAGGAGCCAUUAACAAACCUCAACCAAAACGCCAGUCUAUCUACUUCUGCAACCACAAAUAAUGCUCAGAACAGCACCUAACAUCAACAGUACAUAUAGGGUCCCAGCCAUAGCACUAGCCACCAAAAACCCUUUUAAGUUUGCCUAAUUUCUUUAGCAAAGAGAACAAAUACAACUCACCUACUCUCUUCCAGCAGCCGCUUGUUUGUAGGGAGACCUCAGGCAAGUCCAUUAUGGACUGCAGCGGGGUGACACAGCUCAAGGAAGAACAUUUAUGAUCAUUUUUUCAUGGAAAUGCAAUCAGAACAAGACGCUAAGGCAGAAGAACUACAGCAUCUGCAGUGCAAAAUGAUUAAUAUGGUAAUUAUUACUUCAAGGAAAUGAUAAAGUAAUGAUCAGAAAUGUUCUUCGUUGAGCUGCGUCACCCAGCGGCAGUCCGUAAUGGACUGGUCUGAGGUCUUGCUACAAACAAGUGGCUGCUGGAAGAGAGUAGGUGAGUUGUGUUUUGUCUCUUUGCUAGAGAAAUUAAGCAAAUUUAAAAGGAUGUUUGGUGGCUAGUACUGUGGCUGGGACCCUAUAUGUACUGUUGAUGAAGUUAGGUGCUGCUCUGAGCAUUAUUUGUGGCUAUAGAGUGGUGUUUUGGUUGAGGUUUGUUUAUGGCUCCUCAGACCGCUGUGUAUUGCUAUCCUGCUGUCGUGACUAAAGUUGGUAUAACUAGAGAAGCAAGCAGUCGGCAACAUUCACCUCUCAAGGGGGUGUCUAACUCGGUGUUACGGUGUGUUUGACCCUAAAUUAAUUUUAUGCUGGAAUAUCCCUUUAAGUCUUUGCUUAAUCUAUUGAUGUAAAUGUUAUGUGUUGUUAAGUGCAUUAAUAGUGUUCAGAGCACCUGGCUCUGGUGGAGUGAUGAUCUAAGUUAAAAGUCAGAGUAACAUAGUGUAGAUGUCUGAUUGAUUUGCUUGGGUUGAACUAACUUUUCGUCGUGUAGAUAUCACACUGGUUGUCUACAGUCUCUUAUCUUUCUUAUCUCAGCUCUGCAGAGUCUGUGGGGUAAAGGCGACUAUAAGCAGGAGAUGGAGGAGAUGUUGGCCGAGCAGGCAGUCAUCAACGCAGCACCACCAAAAACCCCUCUGCAGCUCAUUAAGGACAGGACAGUCCGACUGCAGCUCAUCAUCAUACUCAUCAUCUACUUCUGCAACCAGAUGUCGGGCAUGUCUGCCGUAAGGAAAAGCAAUCAUUCCUUUGAAACAGAUUUUACCUUUUUGAGAACAUUAAAGUACCCUGAUGUAUGUCUGUCCCUCCCUUCCAGAUCACUGUCUUCUCUUUCGACAUCUUCCUGAGGGCAGGUAUAGAGAAAGACAUGAUCCGCUACGUGACCCUGGGUCUUGGAUUAACUGAAAUUGUCACCUAUAUCUCCUGUGUGAGUCAAUCUCUUGGUUGAGCUUAAAAGUUGCCUUUAUUAAAACCCUGGGCUAUAAAAAGAGUCUGUGGGAGACUUUUAAUUUGCUUUUCAAGUGAUUUGAACUGCAGCUAUUUGUGCACCACAGAUAACUCGCUGAGGCAUUGAAAAAAAAAAUAUUAGAGUAUUUUUUUUUUCAGAUUGCAGUUUCUAUCAUUAAUCAAUAGCUCAUUUUCCCUCACUUUCUCCUCAGAGCUUGCUGAUUGAGCGCACAGGGAGGAGGGUGUUGUUCUGGGUGGGUUAUGGUCUCAUGUCUGCCUGCUGGGUGAUAGCCACAGUCACACUCAAUCUGAAGGUAGACCUCUCUCACUUGUAAAUACUGACACUCAUGAACCAUGUGUACUUAUGGUGCAACCAAACAAUGAAACAACCGCAGGGAUAAACUAGUAUCAAUACACGGGCCCAAAGAGCUGCCGGUGCCACCACUGCCCUAAACUAGAACUGAGGCUUAAACUUAAUCUAUCACCUCCCAGGAUCCAUCUAUAGACUCCACAAAGAUUUGACACCUAGAUGCCAAACACCAAAGCCGGCCCAAGCCUCAAUGGGGCCCUAAGCUAAAUUUGAUUUUCGGGCCCUCUAUUUCUGCCAAUAAUACUGAUUGUUGAUCAUUCACACACCUGCUACAGGAUAAAUUUAAUGUGCCUGACAUGUCUUUACACAUUUAAGAGGGGGGCCUAGGUAAGAACAUAAAUAAUAUUAAUGCAACCACACAAAUAAUACCAAUGAAUGACUGAUGAAUGAUGUUCAGGGUGCCACAUAUGGUUUUUAAUCUCAAAAUGUAACACAUUCAGGAUGCUCAGUGCACAUUGCACAGCAGGAGGCACAUAACGGUAGCAGAGCUUUGACAUAUUGGCAGUAAGAAUCAUAGGCCUACAUCAGCAGCUGCACUAAAAUAUUUUUACUUUAUUUUAUUUUUACAAUAAUAUGUAUUUGAUUAUACAGAAAGCGUCACUCAUACAUGCAAAAAAAUAAAAUGUAUUUAUUAUUAUUAUUAUUUUUUUUUCAAUGCUCUUGGGGGCCCCCUCCUGGCUGUGGGGCCUUAAGCAGGCGCUUAGUUCACUUAUCUCUGCCAAAACACAAACUGUGUUCUGCUGGUGCACUCGACAUUUUUAACCAUUUAAAAAUGAAGUGUGGGACUGCAUAAGAAAACUGAACCAGAUACAAACUUUUAAGCAUUACAAAAUGAUAACAGGGUGUAUUGUACAUUUUAAGUUGGCAAGUAGUAAAUACUUUGAGCUCAUUAAGGUGUAAUGAUUUGAGUAUUGAUGUAAUACAUUGAGUACAGUUAAUUUUUCAAGUCGUACGACAACAUAAAUAUUAGGUUAAGGGUUAGGGUUUGUUCAAUCUACUUUAAAAAAAAUGUCCACACAGUAGUGAACUGAGAAUAAAGAUUAAGUCAACUGAACACAUAUUUUUUAAGAAUAGUGCAACUCAAAAAAUUUAUCAGCAUAACUUGGUUAUGACAAAAAAUUUGAGUUUUCUGAACUUGUUUGGGUUUCCAGUGCAGAGUAACAGAAGCAAAACCUGAGCAGAUACAGUGUAGCCAUCUAUUUAUGUCUCCAAACACAGAACUGGACUGAGAAAGUGGUAAAGAGGAAAUUUCUAUUAACUAUUAUUGCUGCACUAAAAUGAUUUUUCAAAAACUUCCUUUGUUAAAAAAAGAUAAGUAACUUAAACUAAUAAGUAUCUGUUUUCAUUCAGGACUCAAGUUUUUGGGUUCCGUACGUUACCUUCGCUGUGAUCAUCCUCUUCAUCGUCUUCUUUUGUGGAGGACCAUGUAUGUGCAACAAACAGCUGAGUGACGAAAAGUGAAAUAUCAUCUACAUUUGCAUGCAAACAUACUUUCUCUACAUAAUAUAUGUUGCCGCUCUGGUUCACCCAGCGGGAUCUACACCUGCUCUGAUCAACGAGAUCUUCAUCCAGUCUGAUCGGUUGGCAGCUUUCGUCUUGGCAGGGAUCCAGCGCUGGUUGCUGUUUGCUAUUCUGGGUCUUGCUUUUCCAUUCAUUAUUGUGAGUGUAACAUAGUGGUCAUAACAAUUCACAAUCACACAAUGAACUGAUAAACUAUGUGAUACCAGGUAGACUGUGAGUAAUUCCUCAUUCAGCUUAGAGUGGCUACAGAUUGGUGCUGAUUAUUUCUUAAAAUGAAAUAAUCAGCAUUUAAUCAAUGACUAAUAAAGACUUUUUCAUGACUCACCUACUGGUUAAGAAGAGUGACGCAUCAUCCUGAGUAUUCACACAAAACUGAGUCAUUUCUUAAUGAUUACCUGUGUAUGAGUUCCCUUCUUUGUCAAGUGGGUUAAAGUGGGUUGUGAACUAUUUGUGAAGAAAGUAUGAAAUAGUCACUCUUGACCAGAAGAAAUUUAGCAGGCCCAUAAAACUUGUGUUAUGAAUCUUUACAAAUGCUGAUGCUUCACACUGUCUCCUCUCUCCUAGAAUGGCCUGGACUCGUACUGCUUCGUGCUGUUUGCCUUUAUUUGCCUGGCGGGUUGUGUUUUUACUUUCUUCUUGCUGCCUGAGACUAAAGAGAAGACCCUGCUGGAGAUCUCCAAUGAAUUUAAAGCCAUCACUAUCUGCGGGAAAUCCUUCUCUGGGGAGAACUUAAUGGAGACCAAGUUAUAA